AUGCAAGAAACUAAAGGCAGUGAGAAUAGUUCACAUUCACAAGCUAGCUGCCCUGUUAGGCAAGUUGAGUGCAACAGCAGAAGCUCUCUUUCUAGUAAAACUCUUUUCACGAGCCUUGCUCAGGGACAAAAACACAGCAUUAAGAUGCAGAGGAUGAAAUACAAUGGUGACAUUAUCAACAAAGAGCAAGGAGCAAUAGGGUGCUGUUCUAAAAGAUCAGGUGAUCUCUGGAUUAUAAAAAGAGAAAACAAGACAAAAACACAUCAAUUACCUGGAACUUCUAGCAAGUGGAACUGUCUCAACUCAAAUAAGUCAUUUAGUAGAGACAAUAUGGUUGCAAUGUCUCAAACGGCAAGUGAAGCUGAGAAUCUCCAAGAAGACUUUCAACUGAAUUCAAGAAAUUUGAGGCCCAAGAGACCUCAUUAUUUUUGCCAAUUACAAAAACCACCACACUCUAAAUUACAUUUUCUGGAAAUCAGACCCAAAAGCCUUAGCCAUAGAUGCACUUCAGGUCCUAUAGAAGGGCUGGAGUAUUUGGGCAAAUCCUCUAUAGGUUCUCCUACCCAAAAUACUACACAAAGCCUUUCAGAAAAGGCUAUUGAACUUUACACCGCAGCAUAUGACAAAGAUGCUUCAAAGACAUUCUUUGAUGAUCAAUUAAAAGCAGGAAAGACAUACAACACAAUUGCUAGAUAUAGAUCCGCAAUAAGUGAGGUACAUGAUUGGAUCGAUAACUCUUCAGUCAGAUCAUAUCCUACAAUCAUUAUGGUAAUGAAAGGAGUUUAUAACACCAACUCUCCUCCCCCACAGAAUGAUAAUAUAGUCAAUCUUAUUCCAUUGUUCGAUAAAAUUUAUUCGUUUGGCAAUAAUGAAGAAAUGAACAUACUUUUAUUAUUACAGAAAGUUACUUUUCUAUUAGCAAUCACUACAGCUUGCCGUCCUUCAGACCUAGUCUGUAUUGACAUUACGUCUCAAGUACAGACUGAGCAUGGCAUGAUGCUUAACAUUAAGAAUCCCAAAGAGCAUAAAAUUUCAAUUGCUUAUGGUGGUAACAAACCUCAAACAAAGAGGAUCUACAUAGAGAACUACGAAGAAUUACCAGAAAUCUCUCCACUAAACACAGUCAAUACACUCAUAAGACACACUGAAGUCUGGAGAACUACAAAAGAACAGAAAGAGCACCUGUUUCUAAUCUUGACUAAUGCUCACACCCCAGCCUCAGUAGAUACUAUUGCGAAAUGGGUUAAAGAAAUUUUAAGAGAAGCAUCUCCAGACCUAAAGGCCAAGGACGCAAGAUCAUUAGCAGCUUUCUAUACCCAGAAUUCAGGUGCAGAUCUCACUACAAUACUCACAAUGGGUAAUUGA